UUAACCCUAAUCAAAUCAAAUCAAAUCAAAUCGAUUUCAAUAUUUUCUCUUUUAUACGCAAUCCCCUUGCGGAAUCUCGUAUACCUUUUCAUAUUUCCUUUGAUUUCGGUUUUUGAUUUUUCUCAUUCUCUGAAUAAUCAUGGGUUUUGGUUCAAUUUUUCACCGGAAAAAGAAAUCCGGUUCCGGAACGGCGUCGUCUUCGUCCCCCAACGGAUCACAAUCACCCAUCGCCGCUGCAACGAUGCCGUUUCAGAACCCGAGAAUCUCUGCCACUAUCCCGAACGUUCGCGAGCUAGAGCAUGUUUUUAGGAAAUUUGACGCCAACGGCGACGGCAAGAUCUCCGCGGCGGAGCUUGGCGCCAUCAUGUCCAGCCUAGGCCAGGCCACCAGCGACGAGGAACUCGACAAGAUGAUGAAAGAAAUCGACUCCGACGGUGACGGCUUCGUCGACUUCGACGAAUUCGUAGAACUGAACACCAAGGGCGUUGAUUCCGAAGAAAUAAUGACGAAUUUGAAGGACGCGUUCUCCGUCUACGACAUUGACGGUAACGGAUCGAUAACGGCGGAGGAGCUCUUCGAAGUAUUGAAGAGUUUGGGCGAUGAAUGCAGUCUGGCCGAGUGUAGGAAGAUGAUAAGUGGAGUUGACAGUGACGGUAACGGCACCAUUGAUUUCGAGGAGUUCAAGGUAAUGAUGAUGAUGGGGUCGAGGCUUGAGUACGAUCCAAUUGAGAGAGAGAGAUGACUCACUGAGUUUCUAGAUUCGAGUUCGAUUCAAGAAAGCGUUUCCAUUGUUUUCUCUGUCCUUCGGUCUCUGGGCUCUCUGUUUUCACUGUUUCUGGGAUUUAAUUUGGAUAAUGGACGCUGUGAAUAUUUUGGAGUUAAUGCAAUUAUUAUUAUUAUUA